AAUUGGGAAAAGAAAGCCUCGUUAACGUGAUGGGAUCAUUUGCACUGCCGAAAAACAGCAAAUACACAAAAACUGUGAACCAAGGGCUGUUGGAGAUCAUAGAAGCUGGAUUAGUCGACUACUGGGAUGUCAUGCUACGACCUAUGCCGCUUCAGUGUUUGAAAAAUAUCGGAAAAGGCAGCAACAUGUUGAAAUUAAAGAGUAAAAAACCGCCGGCUCUGACCCUCAAGAAUUUGACUGGAGCUUUUGUCAUUCUGCUGUUGGGCUUUAGCCUUUCACUUUUAGCUUUUCUUUGCGAGAAAAUCGUUUCAAUGCCCAGCCGCAAUCGCCGACGCUUGGAACAAGCUAAAAUGAAAUUCGUCAAUAAAUCGGCUAAUACUUUUCAAAAAAAGUCUGAAUUAAUCAAAAUCAAAGAAGAAACCAUUUCAACACCCGCACCAAUAAAAUAACUCUUACUUUCUUAGACACAUCCUGUGCCCGUUUUCCUUAAUCACACCGCCGCACCAUUGGACCAAUAACUGUUUUUGUUCUCCUUUCUUACUUUUAGACAUAACCCGUGUCCGUUCCUCUCAAAAUACAUAAAAUUCAAAGGACACUCGAACGCGAGAAAAUGAUUUCUUUGCUGUGCUUUUCUGGCUUAAUCAAUGCAAGUAUGGCCUACUUACGGUAAACAUCCGACAAAACAAAAAUAAACUUAAUGGGUAAAUAUCAGUGUCGAAUAAAGAACGAUUUUCACAGUCGAGUAGGCUACAGCGUGACUAAAGUUACGUCAACAAUAUCAAGAAAUCAAUAAG